AUGACCGUGAAAAUUGCUGCUUCAGCUUGGUAUCAUGCACUACGAACGACAUCCUACAUCAAAAGUUGUAAAAUUUACGAACCCGAGUUCACCAAAUGUUCCACAGAAUCCAUUCAACGAUUUCUAAAAGAAGUGUUCACGGCAAAAGUGCCCGAAGUUGUUGCGGAAGUAGGCAAACUGGAUCCAUUACACUUGGAUGAAAUUCAUUUCAAACAGGACAACAAUGAUGCCGCAUCGUUAAGAGCACAUUUGACGAACUUGGAGGUAUCGGGACUUUCGAAUAUUCAAGUAACGGAGAGUAGAGUAAGCAAGAAGGACUUUAGCUGGUUGACCAAACUAUUUUUUCCUAAAUUCAAAAUUGAGGGCCACUAUAAAAUGGAUGGUCGUGUUUUGCUGUUGCCACUUAAAGGAGAAGGACAAAUGGUCAUUGAAAUUGAUGCAAUGAACGUUACAAUGCGUACCAAAACCCGUCUAAUUGAAAAGGGCGAUUUCACCUUCUACAAUGUCACCGACAUCAAAUUGGAUUUGGAUGCCCAGAAAAUGACCAGUUAUUUUGAUAAUCUAUUCGGUGGCAAUAACGAAGAGAUCAAUCGCAGCACCAAUGAAUCGUUCAACAAAAAUUGGAGAGAUUUCUUUGAGGCUCUGCGACCAUUGAUUACCGACACCGUAGAUAAGAUCAUGUUUAAUCUCAUUCCGAAAUUGUUCCAUAUGUAUCCUGCAAAUUUCUUUGUGGAAGAUAUACCCACACCACAGAAGUUGUAUGGCAAACAAUAA